UAUCAAUUUGUUGGUAAGUGAUUUCACUAUUUACACCUGCUCUUACUCGCCAUGUUAUAUAGGGAUACUACCCCUAACUUACUCGCCAUGUUAUAUAUUCAAAUGUCUGCCCUAUCAAUUUGUUGAUAUUGCAGGUCAAAAUCUUUUAUUGUUUUAUGAUUAUUUGGUGAAUGUUAUUCGUCAAACAGACAAGGAUACAUUGAUAUUUUACGAGAGUGUAACUUAUGGAAUAUUUUUUCCAUUUGUCAAUGGAAUACCUGGUACUGGCAUGCAACGUGUUCCUGGUCUAUUACAAGAUGAGAUGGCCAGAAAGAAGAGUGUAUUAUCUUAUCAUUACUACUGUUGGCUAUUGCAAUCGACACCAGCUACAGAGCAUAUGCCAUCAUGGAAACCAUAUUUGUGUGAUCAGCUUCUCUUGAAUUAGGCAUUCAAAAAUGUGAAAAGUAUAGUUCAAUCCACUGGUGGCGGACGGUUUUUAACAGAAUUCGGUCUGUGUCUUCCUGAUGGUAAUCCAGAUUCAAUAAAUACGGUUGAAUGUAAUGCUGUGCUGAAUGCAGCAGACAGGAACUUCGAAUCAUGGACGUAAUGGGACGGAUAUGAAUUAUUUUCUAACUUAAAUGUAGAAAACAUUUCCA